UGCGCAGUGAGCGGCCUAGCAGAAGGGCAGGCGCCGUUGACUUCCGGCCCGGUUGGUGACAGUUUUCGGAGUUGCGGGCGCUCUUGUCCGAAAGACACUCCUUGCAAGAGAACAUGAUAUCCCGGUGAUACAGGAGGAAAGGGAAUCUGGUUCCCAGGGUAGAAGUGGCAACCAGAGUGAGCCAGUUCGUUGAAGCAAAUGAUGGCUGCAGAAAGGAGUCCCCAGGCACACUCAUCCUCAAACAAGGACUCCACACAGGGCCAGAAAUCAGCCCUUCAGGGCAACAGCCCUGACUCUGAGGCCUCCCGCCAGCGCUUCAGGCAAUUCUGCUACCAGGAGGUAGCUGGCCCCCAUGAAGCUUUUAGCAGACUCUGGGAACUCUGUUGUCAGUGGCUGAGGCCUAAGACACGCUCGAAAGAGCAAAUCCUGGAGCUGCUGGUUUUGGAACAAUUUCUGACUAUCUUGCCAGAGGAGAUCCAGACCUGGGUGAGGGAGCAGUGUCCAGAAAACGGUGAGGAAGCUGUGGCUCUGGUUGAGGAUGUACAAAGAGCUCCUGAACAGGUCUCAGGUUCUGGGAAGGACUUGAAAGUGCUCAUGGAGGAGGUGGCCCCUUGGGGAGCAGCCAGAGAAUCACUGAGAUCCCCAGGGAAACAGGCGGUUCAGCCAGAGGAGCGGACUCUGAAGGAAUUACAGAGCUCACACCAAAGUCCAGGGGAACAGUCUGAAGCUUGGCUCGCUCCUCAAGUUCCUAGGAAUCUGCCCCAAAAGAUGGGUCUCCAAGCCCAGGAGACAGGUACCAUGGUCUGGAUAGCUGGGUCCCAGGGACUGGCCACGUGUAAGGACAGAGCCAUAUCUCCCUGUCAGCAAGACUGGGUGUGCGUUGGCCCUGCACAGAGGGUGCUCCACAGGGGUGCUGCACAGGACGACAGACGUGUGUCGCUGGGGUUUCCCAUUCACAGUCCGAAUGUUGGCUCUGGGCUGGAUCAAAGAGAACAUGCAGGGACAACAGAUUUUCAUGGCUGCAGGGCGAGGAAAAGGUCUGAGAGUUCCACAAGUGAGACUGGAGUGGAAGCCCAAGAGAAAUCAGCAAAGGGGGAAGAAGAAAUCAGGGGUGAUGCAAAACAGCUGGACUCAGCAAAUGAGAAAGUGACAGGUGUACACUGGGCUUCUGAAGAAACUAGGACUUUCCUUUCUAUUCUCAGUGAGUCUCAGUUUUAUGAAAAACUCCAGAUGCACCAACACUGCGGCCAGCUGUAUGGCAAAGUUGCUGAGCUCUUGUGUGAACAAGGUUUCCACCGGACUCUGGAGCAGUGUCAAACCAAGUUCAGAAGCCUCCAGGCCAGUUACCACCCAGGGAGGCAAGGCUGCAGCCCAGAGCCCUGUGCCUUCCAAGAGGAGAUAGAAGCUCUGCUGGCCUCACAGGGGCCCACCAGUUCUCCCAGGAGCUUGGCAGACAGGGCUGUUGAGGCCAAAGGGCCAGGCCAGGGCCCACAGGCUCAGAAAGAGGUGGAGGAUGGGGACACAGUAGAGGACUCAAACAGCUGCAAAACCAACUGCAAGCAGCCAGUCCAGGCAACUGGGAGCCCCCACAGCUACAGCCUACUCCAGAGCCACUUGGGUUUUGAGAGCAGGAAUGGGAUUAAAAAAGAAAAUCUGAAAUGGAUUUCUACUUCAGAAGAAGUAGAAAUGAACAAGGCUUUACACAUAAAGUCUAGUGGAGAAGAUUUUUGGCACUCUGAGCUAAAAAAAGGCUGGAAGAGUAAGCCAGUGUCAGGAAGGCAAUAUAGAAAUUCUCCAGUGGAGAGUGAGGAAAAAUCCCCAUCCCAGGACAAAACGAGUCACCAGAGACUUUAUACUGGAGACAAAUCCUGUACACAUUUCCUCUGUGGGAAAAACUGCUCUCAGAGUGUGCUAUUUCCCCACAAGCCAGCCCCUGAAUCGGAAAAAACUUCUCAGUGUUCUGAAUGCGGAAAAACCUUUAGCCGAGGUUCUUAUCUGGUUCGGCAUCAGAGAAUCCACACAGGCGAGAAGCCGCACAAGUGCAGUGAAUGCGGGAAAGGCUUUAGUGAGCGUUCCAACCUCACUGCCCACCUACGAACUCACACAGGGGAGAGGCCCUACCAGUGUGGACAGUGUGGGAAAAGCUUCAACCAGAGCUCCAGCCUCAUUGUGCACCAGAGGACCCACACAGGGGAGAAGCCUUAUCAGUGCAUUGUUUGUGGAAAGAGAUUCAACAACAGUUCCCAAUUCAGCACCCACCGGCGCAUCCACACCGGGGAGAGCCCCUACAGGUGUGCAGAGUGUGGGAAAAGCUUCAACAACAGCUCCCACUUCAGUGCCCACCAGAAAACCCACACUAGGGAAAAGCCUUAUAAGUGUUCUCGGUGUGAGAAAAGCUUUAUUAAGAACUCUGCCCUCACCCGCCAUCAGGCAGUACACAUAAAAGAUAACUCUCAUUAUAGGAAGGGAGAGGUGUGUUAUAAGUAGGUAGAAAACCUGAGAAAUCAACUCCUUAGGUCAGUGUGUAUUCCUUAGAACUUCCUUCUGCUUGUGGAGAGAUCUGGCCCAUCUCUGGCUUAGUAAGUAAACUUACUGACAACUGGAUCUUAAGAACCAUGUCCAGGAACAGGAAUUGGCAUAAGGAUGCUGACUUCUUCUGGCUCUGUCUGUGACUUCAGAGUCCUGUCUUACUGUGACUUAAAGUUUGCUCUGAUGGGGAGAAAGCUGUAGAAUCCAUAAAUUCUGCCAACAAAACCAAGGUCUCCCUGUUCCAAACAUUGUUUACAGCAAGCAUAACAUCUAGGUUAAUCUUUGUAAGAUGUCACUUUACUGUCACCCAUACCUUAGUUCCUGAUUGUCUCUUACAGUAAAUGGUUUCUACACAUUACUAUUUCUGAUAAAAAUAAAGGUGUUUCUACCUCCA